GGGAGCCGGAGAUGCCAGACGCUUGGUUCUGAGGAGUGAUUUGCAACGCAAUGGAGCGAGGAAGGGAUCGCUUACACUUGAGAAGAACUACUGAACAGCACGUACCAGAGAUCGAGGUCCAGGUCAAACGUCGAAGGACAGCCUCACUGAGCAACCAAGAGUGUCACUUGUACCCACGACGUUCUCAGCAACAGCAAGUUCCUGUGGUGGAUUUCCAGGCAGAACUAAGACAGGCAUUCUUAGCUGAGACACCAAGAGGUGGUUAAAGCAGUAUUGCAACUUCAAGGUGGUGGAAUUCAAGGAAAACAGGACCCAUCCACUGUUUGUGAAACUUUGGUCAAGCUUACUUGUUUGUUAAUAGCCUGUAUCGAACCUUUAUUUAUAGCCCUUCCCCGAGUAUUAAGGAUCUUGAAAUUUUAGUGUUGACAACGGCUAUUGUGGAACAGCAAUCAUGACUGUGGGUAAGAGUAGCAAGAUGCUGCAGCACAUUGACUAUAGAAUGAGAUGUAUCCUGCAAGAUGGGAGAAUCUUCAUUGGCACCUUUAAGGCUUUUGACAAGCAUAUGAAUUUAAUCCUCUGUGAUUGUGAUGAGUUCAGGAAGAUCAAGCCAAAGAAUGCAAAACAGCCUGAACGUGAAGAAAAACGUUUUGGGUCUGGUCUUGCUACGUGGGGAGAACUUGGUUUCCAUGACUGUGGAGGGCCCACCUCCUAAAGAUACUGGCAUUGCUCGUGUGCCUCUUGCUGGCGCUGCAGGUGGCCCUGGGGUUGGAAGAGCAGCUGGCAGAGGAGUACCAGCAGGUGUUCCUAUUCCCCAAGCUCCUGCUGGAUUAGCAGGCCCUGUCAGAGGAGUUGGAGGCCCAUCCCAGCAGGUCAUGACCCCACAAGGAAGAGGCACUGUUGCAGCUGCUGCUGUUGCUGCUACUGCUAGCAUUGCAGGAGCCCCAACCCAAUACCCGACAUGACGGGGAACUCCACCUCCACCUGUAGGCAGAGCAACCCCACCUCCAGGCAUUAUGGCUCCUCCACCUGGUAUGAGACCACCCAUGGGCCCACCCAUUGGGCUUCCCCCUGCUCGAGGGACACCUAUAGGCAUGCCUCCUCCAGGAAUGAGACCCCCUCCACCAGGAAUUAGAGGCCCACCUCCCCCAGGAAUAUGCCCACCAAGACCCUAAGAUACAGUUGAUAAAUCUCAGCCCUUCUCUUCCCCUACAAUGCUUCUUGUGAAAUUGUGUACCUGCAAGCUUUUUGACCCCUCUUACUGCAUUAACUAUAGAUAAUAAAUACAUAGAGCAAUUCAAAAAAAAAAAAA